AUGAAGAUUGUGGAGUUUAGAAUUCCCAUACCACUCAAAUUAUCGGAUUAUCAAAGAUGCUCAAUUCACCUUCUGAUAGAGGCAAGCUUGAGGGAAAUGGAAGGAGGGAGCGGCCUGGAAAUAUUCAGGAAUGAAAAGUUUAAAUCGAACGAUAAAAUCGGUUAUUAUACCGAAAAAAGAUACCAUUUAGCCAAGUGGAAUUUAUACCCUAAACUGUUCACGAAGUAUAAUAAUGAAGUUUUCCCGACGGCAGAGUUCUCACUUCAGACGGACCACAUAGAGUCGUUGGCAGUGUCAGAUAACCUGCUGAACCUGAACCAACAUGAUUUAAACAAGAGGCAAAUCAUGUUCGUGGACCUGACGAAGUUUAGUAAACUUAAGAACUAUGACCCGAAGUAUGAUAUAACAAAGGUGAAGAUGGGAGACUUCCUGCCGAUAAAACAAGAGUGGUUCAAAGAAGCGACUUCAGAAGGAAUUAUAUCGUAUAAGCUGCUGCGGCUAAACAUUCCGUACUUUGGAAUGCUGUCCUCUAAAAUCGAAAACUACAUAGUGAACUUCCUCUACGAAAGCAUAAUCUAUUACACGUGCAUGGGCCUCUGCAGCUACGAAAGUUGGAAGGACCUGACGAUAGAGCACCUGAGAGCGACGGAAGUGGAGUGCUACGAUAAGCUGAAUGAAGCAUUUAACAACAACUACUCGAAAACGGUAGAUAAGAGCCUGAAGCUUAAGCCAGUGAGUAUAAUCAAGGGGACGGAGAUAAUGAUUCCCAAGGAGCUAUCGUCGAUACAAACAGUGGACUCAAUGGUAAUGCCGGAAAAAGACUCAUUCGAACAGAAGGUAGACGAAAGUGAUAAGUUGAAGCAGGAAGCGGCUGCUGCACACGACCAAGGAUCGGAUGUAGCCAAGGGCUCAUCAGUGGCGAAUGAAAGUGACAUCAACGAGUUGGAGCUGUCAGGGCCAGUGCCAGUGUUAAGUGAGUUUGACGACUCCGAGUUCAAGGACGCGGUGGAAAACCUGGAGGACCUGCCGGACUCAGACGAGGAGAACACGCUAAUGAACCAGGUGCCCCAAGCGCUCAAGUUUGUGGCGACACCAACGGCGAUGCCAGAGCACCCGCUGCGACCGCCAGAAAGUGAACUACUGAGGAAACAAAGCGUAGAUCAAGGAGCACAAUUGUAUUCAUCACACCUGCUAGGUCAAGCUCAGUUACCAGUAUCACAGAUGUCAAAGGCAGUGUUGCCAGUGGGAUAUAACGAUACGCAGGCCGGUACAGCCCCAAGUCAAGCUGGUUUAGCCCAUAUGAUAGCCAGCCCCCUUAGUCCAAAUCAAUUGAGUCAGAUGAGCCAACUUAGCCAGAUGAAUCAACUAAGUCAAUUGAAUCAGAUGAACCAGAUGAAUCAAUUGAAUAUCACCAAUUUAAAUUUGCCACCUGCAACAGCACCUGCAACAGCACCUGCAACAGCUUAUGCUACAGCCACUUCUAUAACAGCUACUAAAGCCACAAUGGCAUCAACAACACCUACUGUGCCCGCACCCAUUGGUACUGCUACAGCAGCAACUGCCACUACUAGUGCCCCUGGAGAUACCAGUGCCACUGCUAGUGACAAGCCCACUGCUCCUGCAGAUUCACCAAUCGGUGCCAGCAUUCAAGCAGGACAUGAACCCACGUAUAAAAAGAAAAAGGAUAAGAAGGGUCGAAAGGGUACUGCCGUUGAAGAGGGCGAUAAGAAGUCAAAGGGAGUGAGUGAAAAAGGGGAAAAGAAGGACAAUUUGUCCUACGACAUCCCUAUCACGUUCACAGGGUACCUGUAUAAACUGGGCAAGGGCUUCCUGAGCUGGAGCUGGAACCUGAGAUACAUAAUAGUCUGCGGGUUCAACCUCUACUACUUCGACAAGAAGAACGACGUGAAGCCGAAGGACACAAUCAACCUCAAAAACUCAAGAAUCAGCUGGGCGGGACCGCACAUGAGCAGGCCCUUCGUGUUCAGCAUCACCACGGAGACCAAGGAGGUCUACUUCUGGUCGGCCGACGAGGAGGAGAGCGUGAAGAGGUGGAUACUGCUGCUGCAGGUGCUGUGCGAGGAGUCGCCGCCGAACAUCGUGAAGCAGCUGGCCUACGAGCUGACGUACCACCAGAACAACUCGGACACGAGGACGAUCAUCAGUAAAUUUUAA